UCUCAAAUAGAUGUGAUAUAGGAUAUGGUAAAGACCGAAAAUAGAGUUGCAACUUUGUAAACAAAAAGGUGUUGCUUUGCUUCGAAAACUUUUAAAUCUACAAUUUAAUCUAGUAUUUACAUUCAGUUCUUUUACGUAGGUAAUAAGAUACAAAUUCCUUUGCAAAUAACGGAGUCCAGAUUCAAAUAUCAUGUUACGAAAAACAAUAGCUCAAUGUCCUAUAUUAUGGUUGGGUGAGUCUUUUCAUACAAAUUGUUAUAUAACAAUGUGAGGCCGUCUGGUCUGUUUGUCUGUCAUCAAACGUUUAGGCGGGGAGUUGUGUGAAAACAAUUGGUAUUUUUAUUUUGAAAAUUAAUAAAAAAUGGCGUCCACAUACGCUCAGCCGGGACCCAAGCGACAGAGAGUUAAGGAUGUGAAGGCGACGGAAAACACUGAUUACUUUCAAGGCAUAGACAAGGUAGAGUACAACAACAUGGCGGGCCCACAAGAGGCCGGCUACCGACACUACCACGCCGGGGAGAGGGUCAACGGACGCGCCAUGGAGGAGUGGCUCAAAUACUCUGUGUCGCUGACUGAGUUUAGGAAUAAUGGUUCCGACAAGCAUGGGCGUCCCACGUACCAGCGGGCGUGGGACGACCACACGUCUUCACUGGACAGCUACAAGCGCUGCAUCAAGGCCUGCUUCGACUUCUGUUCGAAGCUGGGCGUGAAAUACUUCACCGCAUUCGACAGCGACCUAGUCCCGCCGGCCGAUAGUUGGGAAGAGUAUAAGAAUAACUGGGAAGAUGUGACGGAGUUUAUUCAGGAGCAUGUUCAGAGGACCCACGUGAAGCUGUUGUGGAUAGCGCCGGACUUGCACUCUCAUGCUAGAUUCGCAUCAGGCGCCAUGACAAGCAACGACGCGAUUACAUUCGCCCACGCCGCGUCGCAAAUCAAGAAAUGCCUCGAGAUAUCUCAGCGUCUCAACUGCGAGUGUUUCCUUCUCUGGCCGCACAGGGAGGGCUACGAGUCUCUCUUCCAAUCCGACAUCGCACGGGAAAUCAAACUGUUCUCCAAACUACUCAAAAUCACCGCCGAUUACAAAGAACGAUUAGCGUACAGAUGUCAAAUGCUAAUUAUGCCGUAUUAUAGAAGCUCUUAUGGUAGUGGUAAUCAGGAGUAUGAUAGGAGUUUCAGGGAGGAAGAGAGGAUACAUAGGUACAUGUGGGAUGUGACGAGUUGUCUGUUCUUCCUGAAGAAUUAUAAUUUGGAGCGGUUUUACAAAGUGUGCGCGCCGCCCGGACACCACAUGUUUAUGGCCAAUGUCUACAAUAUGUUAGGAGGCGUAUUUCUAUCCGACGAAUGGAACCAGUACGACAGUAGACGUCUCACUCUCAUGAUGAAAUGCAUCAUUGAUCAGGGUGCCUGCCCAUCCGCCGGCAUCAAUCUCAAGCUGACCCCGCGGCGCGACGGCACAGAGCUCCGCGACCUGGUCUGUGCCUACUCACGCUGUGUGGACGCGGGGGCUCGCGCGUUGAGGGUGGCGUGUGGUGUUGGCAAUGAGCAGGUGUUCAGCAAGCAUUUGCAGCAACGAUACUCAUCGUACCACAGCGGCUACGGAGCGAGGAUAGUGAGCGGAGAGCUCUCUAUGGAAGAAUGCGAAGAGUAUUACAAAAAGAACCAGCAUCAGUCGCACGAGCAGUCCACCUCUAAGGCAGACCACAUGGAAAUGGUGUUCCAGCGGUACAUUGACAGCUGCGAACAGAUCUGACCACUCAUCAACUAGCCAUGUUCACGAUCUAAAGUCUUUCUAUACGAGUAUGUCAGAUACUGAAUUGACAAAUGCAAUAAUAUUAAUAAAAUCUGGUAAUAUUUCACUACUUGUUAUUUGCACUUGCCAAUUUAGAAUCUGAGAUAAAAGAAUAGACUUCAUAACAAACAUUACCAUGAAAGAAGUACAGUCUUGGGCAUAGAAAACUUACCCCUCUCAGAAUUGUCAUAAUGUCAGGUUUCUUUACUCCAGACUGUACAAAGGAACUUAUGUAAAACUUAUUAUGUAAGUAGAGUUUUAAAUAAACCGUUUGAAAUA